AUGAGCCGUGCAGGCACCCCGCCGAGAGGUCUCCCAGGCACUUCCGCACCUUCCGCUAUGGGCGCGACCGACGACGGGACCGACGGGACGCAUGUAGAGGCAGCGGACUGCGCGGCUGGCGUCGACUUGAGUGUGAUCUCCCAGCUCCUCUUGCGCGUGCUGAAUGGCGCUCAGGGGCCGGUCCUCAAGAAUGUGGGCAACCCGGCAGCAGCGGCAGAGUUGCUGGCAGUCCUGCAGAAGCUUCAAACGUCGCCGAUGGCAGGCAAUGAGAACACGGAGGCGAAGAGGGCGGCACCUGCACCUUUCGGUGAUGGGAAGGGCGCGGCACGCGGGAAACUGACCCGCGACAUUGGGGGAGAGAAGCAGGCAGCUGGGGCGACCUAUUCUGGCGCGGAACCUGGGAGGGCGACACGCCGUACAACACCACUCGCGGGGGUGGCUGACGUUCCGGGGCCGGGGGCGUGGCGAGGUGCAUCUAUGAGGUGUCGGGCGCGUGGAGUGACCUACUUCCCCAACCACAGCAGUCGCUGUUACGCUUUGAAGACAGUGCUGAGGAGGGACUACGACGUGUGCUACCAGGACGUUGUAGUGAUGAUGGAGGACAAGAACUACAGCCUGCGGAUCAACAAGGUGUGGGCGAAGUUCAGGACCGACUCGUCCGCGAUUGCGAGGCGCACGUUGAUCGAUGGCCUCGACAUUAAAGUGGAUGCAACCGGUUACUUCAAAAUCGAGUUACCGGUUAAGGUGAAGGAGGAGCUGUACGACCGAUACGCACCCUGUAUGUGCUUCCGCCAUGCCUCCAACACUGCCCUCGGGUUUCGAGCAGCCCUGGCUUGCGUCGUGUCAUGUGGUUUACUGUCGUUGCGUUCCCCCCCAUUUGGUCAUGGCCCUGCACGCAGUCAUAGCUCCCCCUGUCAUGCUACACCUGGGUUGGUGGAGAACGUUAGUCAGGAUGUGCCCAACUGGAGCCAUGAGCCGAUGGAUCGUCGACCGUUCACGAGCGAGGUCUUCUUUGAGGCAUGUGUGGCGGCGUAUCCGGAGUGGGAGAUGGACGGGAUCAUCGUACUGGUGCCCUAUCACAUCGCAUGGGUGAUGUUCUCGCUGGACUAUGGCCUGGCCAACCAGGACACAGAGGCUAUGUGUUUCUCUGGGGGCCCCGUGAAGCAUGAGAAGGGAAUGAAGGAAGCUGCAAAGCUGGUGUGGAAGGUCGUCAAGAAAUGGCUGGGAAUUAGCCAAGGGGUGUGGUAUGAUGAGGAGGUGGGGGCGUUCCGGUGGGGGGAAUACGGGCUGUACGUGAACAGCAGUGGGUUCUCCGAGUUUAUUCCUAAAAUUGUGGACUCGAUUGAUGUGAGAGAGUCCCUCUGGCUGGAAGCAUGA